AUGCCCAAAGCUGAGGAAUAUACAAUUGGCUGGAUCUGUGCUUUGACCAAAGAGCUCAUCGCAGCUACAGCGUUUCUCGACGCUCUCCGCGACCCCAUUGACAACGCAGAGAUUAAUGACGCCAACAACUACACCCUCGGCAGCAUUGGAAAGCACAAUGUUGUCAUUGCAGUCUUGCCGUACGGCCAAUACGGUCUGGUCAAUGCCGCAGCUGCCUUGAAAGACAUGACUCGGACGUUUUCUAAUCUGCCAGCUGUGCUCAUGGUCGGAAUUGGUGGUGGCGUCCCAUGCACUAAAGAUAUCCGCCUGGGUGAUAUUGUUGUUGGAUCUGUAGGUCGAAACAGUGGCGGCGUCACUCAGUACGACUACGGAAAAGCGAUCCAAGGCGAGGAAUUCACUGUUACUGGUCAUUUGAACCAGCCACCUAUGACGUUCCUAACAGCUAUGAGUGCUCUGCACGCUAGGUAUGAGAUGGAAGGUCACAGCAUUGACAGCAACAUCGAUAAAGCACUCCUAAAAUACAAGCGACUAGGCAUGGGAUACAAGAGGCCAGAGGCUUCCACCGACAGAUUAUACAAAGCAGACUUCGUUCAUAAAGACGAACGAGACGAGAACGAAAACAAUCCUGCCAUCCAUUGCGGCUUGAUAGCAUCAGGCAACCAAUUGAUGAAGGAUGCACUUUUACGCGAUAAGCUCGCAGCGAAGCAUGGUAUCUUGUGCUUUGAGAUGGAAGCUGCAGGGCUAAUGAAUCACUUCCAGUGCGUGGUCAUUAGGGGGAUCUGUGACUAUUCUGAUUCACAUAAGUCCGAUGAGUGGCAAGGGUAUGCGGCUAUGGCCGCCGCGGCCUACACCAAGGACCUACUUCUUCAAGUAGCUCCGAGCAGCGUGCAGAAGGAGGAACGAAUUGAAACUCUUUUGGGACACGUGAAUGAAAAGGUUGAUGAUAUUCACCAGAUGACCACGGAAAGCAGUCGUGACAUAAAAUCUCUUUCGUCCAGCGUUCACGAUGAUGCUAUAUCGAGAUGGCUCAAUCCAGCUGAUCCAUCUGUCGAUCACAACAAGGCUCGCGAAGCUUGCCACUCAGGUACCGGGCAGUGGUUGUUAAAUAGCCCUCGGUAUCUCAAAUGGAAGUUCCAGAUGAGUUCUUUUCUCUGGCUGAAUGGGAAUUCCGGUCGAGGGAAGACUAUUCUAAGCUCGACUGUUAUUGAAGAUAUACGAAACAGCCCUUUCCCCCAACUCCGCAACUGCGCAAUACUGUACUUCUAUAUAACAUUCACCGACAGCAAGAGACAGUCUCUCCACGCUAUUAUUCGAUCUCUAAUCAGUCAGCUUUACCGCAGCCGGCCAGAAUCUCGGCAUCCAAUCACCUCACUUCAUUCGAAAUGUGGUGGCGGGAGUAGUCAAGCAACGGUAGAACAGCUGAAAUUCACCUUUCGCGAAAUGCUGUCGGUUGGGGGAGAGGUGUUCAUUGUUAUUGAUGCGCUAGAUGAAUAUCAGAACCGGAGCACCCGGCGAGAUGAGCCAUUGACCUGGAUAAAAAGCUUUCGGAACGGGCCAGUCAACACCCAUCUCCUCGUGACAAGCCGUCCGGAACAUGACAUCAAGACCUCUAUCGGAACAUGGGCUGAUUCUGACCGUAUCAUCUCACUUAUAACAGAUAACGUGGGCAGAGAUAUUUCUGAUUAUGUCCAUGAUGUUGUGACCAAGUCCACAAGCUUUCGUCGUUGGCACAGGCAAAAGUCAACCCAGGAUGACAUCGUGAACACAUUGACUGCGAAGGCAGAUGGAGUGUUUCGUUGGGUCGCUUUACAACUGGAGCGCUUGAAAGACUGCAUCAACAAAGAAGAAGUCAAUACAACCCUUGAGACUCUUCCAGAGACGCUUCAAGAGACAUAUUACCGAGUAUUAAACGAGCUUACAAAUACUAGAAGGAAGUAUGUCAUUCGCAUUCUUCAGUUUCUAGCGUACUCGGACAUCCCAAUGGAGCUCGAAGCUGCUGUCGAUGCUCUCGCGAUAAAUCUUACAGCACAGCCCGGUUCACGAUUCAUUAUGAAAGAACGUAUGCCAUUACCAGCUGAGAUAUCGUCACUUUGCUCUACAUUAUUUGUCGCAGUUUCUACCCGUCCGCUCCGCAAGCGCAGUAGAUCACAUGAUGCGACAUUAGUACUGCAAUUAGCCCAUUCGUCUGUGAAGGAGUUUAUAUUAUCCUGCCCCAGGACCGAGUUCGACGGGUUAUUGAUCGAGUCUAACGCAAAGUUGACCAUUACAGAAAUAUGCCUUGUCUACUUCCUGGAAAUGGAUUGUUCCUUGACCGACAAAGAGCUGAUGAGGACACAUCGUCUAUUGCCAUUUGCUGUAGACAGUUGGUUGCGUGAUACCUCCUGCCGCGGGUCAAGGCUCAGUACCUUCACACAUUUGUCAAUGGAGCUCUUUUCGAACCACGUACUCUUCAAACGAUGGAGGAAGGUCAUUGAAACAAGGAUGAAUGAUAAGCACGAAUGGCUUAGGCGUCGUUUACCAAAGCAUGAUCAAGUGUUUUAUGCAAGCUGGUCUGGGGACCAAAGCUCCGUCAAGCAGCUUAUAGACGCAAGCGCCAAGGCGGAUACUAGAGAAGGGAGGCUUGAUCCUGCCCUCCAUCGUGCCUCCAAGUUUGGCCAUUUGGAAACCGUUGCGCAUUUAGUUCGAGAAGGUGCUGAUGUCAACGCUCAUUCAAGUGAUGCCACUGCCCUUUUUUCUGCCUCGUGCUCUGGCCAUCUGGAUAUUGUUGUAUUCUUAGUUGGAAAAGGUGCUGAUAUUGACGCCCGAACAAGAAGAUCCAAUAACGCUCUUCAGUGUGCUUCAGAGUAUGGCCACUUGGGUAUUGUUAAGUAUCUAUUGAACAAAGGUGCGGAUGUCAACGCCCAAGAAGGAGAGUUUUGUACUGCUCUUUACCUUGCCUCUUGCUCUGGCCAUUUGGAUAUUGUUCUAUAUCUGAUAGAACAAGGUGUUGAUGCUAAUGCCCAAGGAGGAGUCUAUGGUAUUGCCCUUUGCGCUGCCUCCGUCUCCGGCCAUUUGAAUAUCGUUACACAUCUCGUGCAUGAAGGUGCUGAUGUGAACGCUCCAGGGUGGGGCUAUGAAAACGCAUUUCAAGCUGCCAUUUACAAUAAACAAGACGCUGUACUCGAAUUCCUUCAAAAUCACAAAGCCAACCUUAGGUGCGUCGAUAUGUCAGACUUUCACCUCCAUGAUCAGCCUUAUUGCUAUCGAAGAUUGGAGCUCAUCUUUCACGGGCGUUACAAUCCCCAUACUUCAAGCGCCGCUAGAAAGGCGCCACAUCAUGCGAUUGCGCAAGAAAAGCGCUUCAUCAAAUUGGCUCAACUUCCAUUCGACCACCUCGCUAACACUAAUAUUUUAGGCACCAGUAGGAAUCCCAGGCUGAUUUUGCCUCACGUCGCCGUCGCCCUAUUGCGAGGAAUCGAUAUCUAA